AUGGGUGAUUCGAACAGUCUUUCGUUGGAUAUGGCUCUUCGUACAACUUUGGGCGCGUGGGCGAAUCUAUUGACUUCUUAUAUGGCUUGGGGGAAAGCUCUACGGGAUAUUGUCGGGACAAUGGGUUCAACAGAUCCCUUUUGGUUUGGUCGUCAAGGAGUGGGAUCCCCCUUCACGAAACGAAGCCAUGCAUUAAGAUUGGUUGAGCAGUACACCAGCAUCCCAGCACCCCGUGUAGCGGAUGUUGUCGAGAACCUAGGCAAGAUGUAUCUAAUUAUGACACGUUUACACGGACAGCUCCUUGCGGUUGUCUGGCAUCUGAUGUCGUAUGCCGAGUGGAGCCAACUUGCCGACGAUCUAAAGGCUUGCAUCGCGCAGGUACAAAAGACUCCAAAUAAUAUGCCGUAUGAAUUCGGAAACACGAUUGGCGGCCCAUAUAUCGACCAUCGCAUCCCUGAUGGAUCUGCGGGUCUGUUCAACUCGGAAUCUGAAUUUUAUGCUCACCUGACCAGCCAUCUUAGCGGCACAUUAGCUACCAUAUUCCCGGAGCGCAGUAUUUGUCUUGAUCAUCAUUCACAUUUUACGCACUCAGACUUGCAUCCUUUGAAUUUGCUUGCUGACCGUGGACGGUUGAGUGGAAUUGUCGACUGGGAAUGUGCCAGCGCUAUGGCCGAGUACUGGGAGUUCACGAAAGCGAUGUACGGCACACGCGCAAGGGGGGUAUUUAAGCAUAUUUUCUACCGAGCAUUUGGGCGUGAGUAUGAAUAUGAACUCGAAGUAGGACGAAAGCUAUAG